CUCAAUCCUCUUUCUCUCUCUAGAAAUCUAGUUAACUCCACCACUCUUAACAAUUCUCACUCUCACACUUCUAUAUUUCUCUCUCACACACAUACACCCUCACUGUGUGUAAAAAGUACCAUUCUUUAGUACCCCCUAGUCCAUUGCUUUGUGUGUCUCUGUAUGUGUUCUUGAAAUUAUCAAAUACUAGCCAGAAGUUAGAACCAACUCACAUUUUGGACACCCAUUUGGAUUUUUUUUUUUUUAAUGUGUGUGUGUGUUUUUGGUGUUCUUGAAAUUACCAAAACUGACCCAAGUUGAAAAACCCUAACCAGAACUUAGAUCCAACUCACAUUUUCGAACACCCAUUUGGCUAAAACUUAGUUCUUUGGACAGUUGAAUGUAGUUUAUUGAGCUAUACAUUAUCUUUCUCACACAGAAACACCCACACUCUGUGUAAAGUACCAUUAUUACUUCAUUUCUUUGUGUGUGUUUUUUAGGUGUUCUUGAAGUUAUCAAAACUGACCCAUUUGAAAAACCCUAACCAGAACUUAGAUCCAACUCACAUUUUGGACACCCAUUUGGCUAAAAAUCUCUACUUGGUAUAGUUUAGUAGUAGUUUUAUUAAGAAAAUUCACAUUUUAAACACCCAUUUGGGUAAAAACUCGUUCUUGGUAUAGUUUAGUAGUAGUUUUAUUGAGAAAAUUCACAUUUUGGACACCCAUUUGGCUAAAAACUCGUUCUUGGUAUAGUUUAGUAGUAGUUUUAUUGAGAAAAUUCACAUUUUGGACACCCAUUUUGCUAAAAACUAGUUCUUGGUAUAGUUUAGUAGUAGUUUUAUUGAGAAAAUUCACAUUUUGGACACCCAUUUGGCUAAAAAAUCUGUUCUUGUAUUGUUUUAGUUCACAUUUUGGACACCCAUUUGGCUAAAAAUCUGUUCUUGGAUAGUUUAGUAGUUUAUUGAGCUAUGCAUUCAUAGGGUUAAACCAAAAAAAUGGCUAGCUCUGACCCGAAUAAGCGUCCUCGACCCGGUCCAUGGCCACCCGCACCGGAAUCAUCAGCAAUGCCACCAUCUUCUUGGGCAAAGAAAACCGGGUUUCGCCCUAAAUUCUCUGGUGAGACAAAUGCUAGUGAUUCUGGGCAAAUUGGGAUAACCCCACAGCCUCAACAGAACUCGACCCGGAGAAGAAACUCCGACCCGAAUUUGGAUCUUGAAGCGGGUCGGGCUAGGCCACCUAGACAGGAGAAGGCGAAUGGCGAAACAACGGGUGAGAAAGAUAAGCCUGUGAGGAAAAGGAGAGAAUCUGAUGGUGGUGGUGUGCCUAAGAGUACUAAUGGACAAGCAGUAGGUACUACCACUGAUACUGCUGGUACUACUACUACUGCAGCUGCGGCGGGUACUACUGCAGCUACUGCAGCUGCUGCGGGGACUCGAAGAGCUUCCAGGAAUAAUGAAGAGGCUGUGGAUGUGUUGCCACAAAUAGUUGAUGAUGAUGGUUUUAUGUCUAGGCAUUCACAUAUGAAGUAUGAGCUUAGAGAUUCUCCUGGUCUUGUUCCUAUUGGACUCUAUGGUUUUCAACAUUAUCUAUCAAUGUUGGGGUCGUUGAUACUAGUUCCGCUAGUGAUAGUUCCAGCAAUGGGUGGUAACUAUGAGGAUACAUCAAAUGUUGUCUCCACUGUGCUCAUUGUGUCAGGAGUGACAACGCUGUUGCAUACGUUCUUUGGCUCGAGGUUGCCUCUAAUACAGGGCCCUUCAUUUGUUUAUCUUGCUCCUGCUCUUGCAAUAAUUCACUCCCCAGAGUUCUUGGGAUUGAAUGGAAAUAAUUUCAAGCAUAUCAUGAAAGAGUUGCAGGGAGCUAUAAUAAUUUCUUCAGCUUUUCAAGCAAUUCUUGGAUACAGUGGGUUGAUGUCAGUAUUAGUGAGGUUGAUCAAUCCUGUGGUUGUGGCUCCUACUGUUGCUGCUGUUGGACUUUCAUUCUACAGUUAUGGUUUCCCACAAAUUGGUACAUGCCUUGAAAUUGGAGCAGUGCAGAUAUUGUUAGUUAUUAUUUUCUCUCUUUACCUUCGUAAGAUAUCUGUCUUUGGUCAUCGAGUGUUUCUCAUCUACGCGGUUCCCUUGGGACUAGCAAUAACAUGGGCUGUAGCUUUCCUUCUGACCCAAGUGGGAGUAUAUAAUUAUAAAAGCUGUGAUGUGAAUGUACCAGUAUCAAAUAUAAUUUCCGACCACUGCAGAAAGAAUAUCCCUAGGAUGAAGCACUGUCGUGUUGAUGCUUCACAUGCAUUAAGAUCUGCUCCGUGGUUUAGAUUCCCUUAUCCGUUGCAAUGGGGUGUGCCUGUCUUCAGCUGGAAAAUGGCUCUAGUAAUGUGUGUGGUAUCCAUAAUUUCAUCUGUCGAUUCGGUUGGGUCAUAUCAUGCAUCAUCAUUGUUGGUUGCAUCCAGACCGCCAACACCUGGUGUUUUAAGUCGAGGAAUUGGUCUGGAAGGUCUUUGUAGCCUCUUGGCUGGUCUAUGGGGCACAGGAACUGGUUCUGCAACUUUAACUGAAAAUGUGCACACGAUUGCUGUUACCAAAAUGGGAAGCCGCAGAGCGAUCGGAGUGGGGGCAUGUGUUUUAAUUGCCCUUUCUUUGAUAGGUAAAGUAGGAGGCUUUAUUGCAUCAAUACCAGAUGUCAUCGUCGCAGGCCUAUUAUGUUUUAUGUGGACAAUGCUUACCGCUCUCGGCUUGUCAAAUUUACGCUAUAGUGAAGCAGGAAGCUCAAGGAACAUUAUCAUAGUUGGCCUAUCUUUAUUCCUAUCCCUUUCUGUACCAGCCUACUUCCAGCAGUAUGGCAUCUCUCCGAACAGCAACUUGCCAGUUCCGAGUUAUUUUCAACCAUAUGUCGUGGCUUCUCACGGUCCGAUCCAAACCAGUUUUGGAGGGCUAAACUACGUUUUGAAUACAUUGUUAUCACUUCACAUGGUGAUAGCAUUCUUGGUAGCUGUGAUCCUCGACAACACCGUGCCAGGCGGUCGACAGGAGCGUGGGGUCUACGUUUGGUCUGAUCCCGAGACAGCAAAAAGAGAGUCAGCUGUAGCCAAAGACUACAGGUUGCCAUUCCGAGUUGGCAAACUCUUCAGAUGGGUGAAAUGGGUUGGACUAUAAUGCCCGUUGCUCUAGUGUUAGCCAGCAACAUUUUUUACAAGCUCCUCAGGGAAGUCUCGCGGGAAAAAUCAAUAUGACCUUAAAAAGAGUGUCUCACAUUCACGAGGCAAUGCGUAAAUUAUGACUUCUCCACACGAUGUGAGUUGGUCGAAAGAGUAGUUGUUAUAGAGAGGAGAUACUUAUGUACAUUUUGAGGACUUGGGGGCAUUUUGUGUAAUAUGUUUGUAUAAACUGUAUGUAGUUUAGCUGAAAUGUCCAGGUGGACCUAUUUCUCUGUUUUUUUUGUUUGUUUUGGCUUUCUGCAGCGUAGAGAGAUUUGUUUGGGUUAAUUCAGCUAUAUGAGCUUGAAAGAGGGUUAAUUUGGAGCCAUGUAUGUAUCAUAUGAGAUUAAUAUUAUUCUUUUUGUUACACUAAUGUGAGUUGAAACUCUGGAAAAUAGUGUUUAAUCAUCA